CCACAACCUUCCGGGAUCUCUUUACGGCAUCAUCGGCAGGGGCAGCGCUUCUCUCUCGGCGCCUGCGCCUGCCGCGCCGCCGGAGCCUCCGCCGGCCUGGGCACGGCCCGAAUUGGGGGUGUCCCCCCCUCCCCGUGCUGCCACCGGAGCCCCCCCAAAACCCGCCGGACCCCCCACCCGCAGCGCCGCGGAGCGAUGGGCUGAACGCGUCCGGCAUCUUGCGGGCCGGGCUGGGGGGUGCGGCAAACAAAGACCCCCCCCCCAAAAAAAACCAGCCCCUCGGCGCGGUGCCGGGGGGGUCACCGAGCCCCCCUCGGGCCGCUGAGGGACCCCCCGCUUGUCCCCGAGGAGCCGCAGAGCCGCCGGUCCCGGUUUGAGGAGCGGCAGCGCCGGGAGCAGCAGGUGCCCCCAUGGCGUCGUUCCGCAUCCGGCAGUACCAGGACCACGACUACGAGGCCGUGCGGGCGCUGUUCGCCCGCGGCAUCCUGGAGCACGUUCCGGCCAGCUUCCGGCACGUUCUGCGGGCGGCGCGGGUGCGCCUGGCGCUGCUGGCCGUCUUCGUGGCGGCGAGGGCGGCCGCGGGCUCCUGGGUGCUGGGGCUGGGCGCGGUGGCGCUGGCGCUGGUGCUGCUCUGGGUGAUGGUGCGCUCGCUCGGCACCGACUACGUGCGCGAGGCGCUGGGCACCGACCUGUGCGACGUGCCCGGCACGUACCUGCGCCCGCCCGAGUGCCGCUUCUGGGUGGCCGAGGAGGGCGGCGCCGUGGCGGGCAUCGUGGCGGCGGUGCCCGCGGGCCGAGGCGAGCUGGAGCUCAAGAGGCUGUCGGUGAGCCGGGAGCACCGGGGCCGCGGGUUGGCGCGGGCGCUGUGCCGGGAGGUGCUGGCGUUCGCCCGCGCCCGCGGCUACGGCGCCGUGGUGCUCAGCACCUCCGUGGUGCAGGUGGCGGCGCAGCGGCUCUACGAGGGGCAGGGGUUCCGCAAGGUGGGCACCUCGUACCCCUCGCUGCUGGGCACCUUGCUGAACUUCCAGAUGUUUCACUACCGCUGUGACUUGGGCGAUGGCAAUAAGUAGGGGGGCCCGGGCGGCGCGGUCCCGGCGUGGAGGGUCCGGCGUGGCGCGCCGGCUCCAGCCGCGGCGCCGCGAGCCCGGGACGUGAGGCGCUGCCGUGGCGCCCGAACCCUGGCACCGCCGCUGCCCGUGAACCCUGGCACCGCUAUGGCACCCCAAACCCGGCCCCGGGACGCCACCCCGUCACUCCGACCCCAAUCCUGGCACUGCAGCACCGGCACAGCACCGCGAUCCCAGGACACGAAGCACCGCCGCGGCACCCCAGCCUGGCGCUGCCUUGGCACCGUGACGCCGGGACGUGUGGCACUCGCCGCCUUGGCGCCCCGGCUCCGGGAUCCACCGCAGCACUCCAACCCUGGCACUGAAGCACCGCCGUGGCACCCCCGAUCCCCACCCCGGCACAGGGGGCACCUCCGUGGCCCUUCCUGGAUUUCCAGCAGCGGGAAAUAAAGAGAGACCUGUGGGAACGGUGUGUGUGA